UUAGAGCCCCGCCGGGACUCCUUUCCCCAUGGUGCAGAGGGCUGAGCCCCCCGAUGGGGGCUGGGGAUGGAUGGUGGUGCUCUCAGCGUUCUUCCAGUCGGCUCUGGUGUUUGGGGUGCUCCGCUCCUUCGGCGUCUUCUUCGUGGAGUUGGUGGCGGUGUUUGAAGAGCAGGCGGCCCGAGUCUCCUGGAUCGCAUCCAUAGGGAUCGCGGUGCAACAAUUUGGGAGCCCCAUAGGCAGUGCCCUGAGCACGAAGUUGGGGCCCAGGCCUGUGGUGAUGACGGGGGGCGUCUUGGCUGCUCUGGGGAUGCUGCUGGCCUCAUUUGCUACCUCCUUGACCCACCUAUACCUGAGUAUUGGGCUGCUGUCAGGCUCUGGCUGGGCCUUGACCUUCACCCCGACCCUGGCCUGCUUGUCCCGUUACUUCUCUCGCCGUAGAUCUCUGGCCACAGGGCUGGCGCUGACAGGCGUGGGUCUCUCCUCCUUUGCAUUUGCCCCCCUCUUCCAGUGGCUGCUCAACCACUAUGCCUGGAGGGGAGCACUCCUGCUGGUGUCCGCCUUCUCCUUACACCUGGUGGCCUGUGGCGCUCUCCUCCGCCCACUCUCCCUGGCUGAGGACACUGCUGUGGGUGGCCCCGGAGCGCAGCUCAUCUCCCUCCUCCGACAUGGCCCGUUCCUUCGUUACACUCUUGCCCUCACCCUGAUCAACACUGGCUACUUCAUUCCUUAUGUCCAUCUGGUGGCCCAUCUGCAGGACCUGGGUUGGGACCCAUUGCCUGCUGCCUUCUUGCUCUCGGUGGCUGCCAUUUCUGACCUUGUAGGACGUGUGGCCUCUGGGUGGCUGGGAGAUGCUGUCCCAGGGCCCGUGGCACGGCUUCUGAUGUUCUGGACUACCCUGACUGGGGUGUCACUAGCCCUCUUUCCCAUGGCUCGGGCUCCCACAGCCCUGGUGGUUCUUGCUGUGGUCUACGGCUUCACAUCAGGGGCUCUGACCCCAGUGGCCUUCUCAGUGCUGCCUGAGCUGGUGGGGACUGGAAGGAUUUACUGUGGCCUGGGACUGGUGCAGAUGGUAGAGAGCAUCGGGGGGCUGCUGGGAGCUCCUUUGUCAGGCUACCUCCGGGAUGUCACAGGCAACUACACAGCUUCUUUUGUGGUGGCUGGGGCCUUCCUUCUUGCAGGAAGUGGAGUUCUCAUCACCUUGCCCCGCUUCUUCUCCUGCUUCUCAGCUUCUACCUCCAGGCCCCAGGACCUUGUAAAAGCACCACUGGAUAGCAAGGUCCCCCUGCCUAUGGAGAUGCUUGGGAAAGACUAAAUGCUGCUGUGAGGCAGUAAGGAUGGAAAGCCAGAGCUUUCCAUUGAGGCAUCCACAGAAGCACAGUGCCUUAAGAAUCCUGAUCUCUUCCUCCAGAGCAGACCUGGGACUCCUGUGGUGUAUGUGCCAACGCUUUGAGGACUCAUUUCCUUUUGCUCUUCCAGCCUUUUCUGAAGGAGCUAGGAGAUCUUAACCCACACAGAUGUGAAUCAACUUUGAAAAUCACAGGCCAAGUGUUUUUAAUGUUUUACAUGUGACCUCUAAUGUUGUCUCCUAAGUUUCUCUUCUAAGAGGAUGUUUGGGAAACAAGGAUAUCCUUUUGAGAAAAAAGCAAAAAAAGAAACUGGACAAUAAUCAUAAUCUCAAAAAAGACUAGGGCCCAUGCGCUUGGGUUGGCUCAUAGGAUCAUGGCUGGGCAGGGGAGUAGAAGUGACCAUGAGCUCUGGUGACCCAGGAUCUCCCCUCUCACCCACUUACCUCUUCCCCUUCAUUCCUGUGAUUUAGAUUAAAA